GUACAGCCCUGGCUGGGAGGGGGGAGGUCCCCAAAGGCUGAUGCCACCCACAGAUGUGGGUCCCCAGCUUCUGCCCCACCAGGACAGGCUUGGGGGGGGGGGGGGACUGGAGCCAUGCCCAGGGCUGACCCCCAUCACAUCCCCUGUCCCUUCCUCAGACCUGUUUCCCAUGGUGGAGCCGAUCCUGCCCAGCCUGCAGGAGGAUGGCAUCGUGGUGUGGGUGCUGGGUGCGGGGCCGUACCCCGCUGGUGUGGUGGCCCUGCAGGAGCUGCUGGAUGAGGCCUCGGAGGAGCUGGAGCCCGAGGACGUGUGGCAGCCCGAGGACAUGAACGACACCUGCCUCUACAUCUUCACCUCGGGCACCACCGGUCUCCCCAAGGCCGCCCGCAUCUCCCACCUCAAGUCCAUCAUGUGCCUGAGCUUCUACGAGCUGGUGGGCGCCUCCAGCCGCGACGUGGUGUACCUGGCGCUGCCGCUCUACCACAUGGCCGGCUCGCUGCUGGGCAUCGUUGGCUGCAUCGGCAUCGGGGCCACGUGUGUGCUGAAGGAGAAGUUCUCGGCCAGCCAGUUCUGGGAUGAUUGCCGCGCCGAGGGCGUCACCGUCUUCCAGUACAUCGGGGAGCUCUGCCGCUACCUGGUCAACCAACCCCAGCGCCCUGGGGAGCGGCAGCACGGGCUGAGGCUGGCGGUGGGCAGCGGGCUGCGCCCCGACGUCUGGCGGCGCUUCCUGGAGCGCUUCGGGGCCAUCCGCAUCGUGGAGACCUACGGGCUGACCGAGGGCAACGUCACCCUCUUCAACUACACCGGCACGCCGGGCGCCGUGGGGCGCAGCAGCUUCAUCUACAAGCUCUUCUCACCCUUUGAGAUCGUGCGCUACGACGUGGCCGAGGGAGCCCCGGUGCGGGACGCGGCCGGGCGCUGCAUCCGCGUGGGGACGGGUGAGACGGGGCUGCUGAUCGCCCCGGUGACCCCCCGGACCCCCUUCCUGGGCUACGCCGGCAGCCAGGAGCUGUCGGAGCAGAAGCUGCUGCACGGGGUCUUCGCCGAGGGCGACACCUACUUCAGCACCGGCGACCUGGUGGAGCAGGAUGCGGCCCAGUUCGUCCGCUUCCGCGACCGCAUCGGCGACACGUACAGGUGGUGCUGAGCACGCGGCCCCCACCCCACCUCUGCCCCAUGGGGACCGUGCAA